AUGACUGCCUACAAAUUUUAUCAAGAGGAUGGCAUUAAUCCUCCUGUAGACGAAUAUGAAAAUGAGCCUGUCAACAUGGAGCCUGCUGAAAAAGAAAAGGUUACUCGCGACGUUGAGAUGAAGAAUGCCAAAUACAAGGACACGUCUACUCGAGCCCAUAAUGUUUAUACCGAUCAAUAUAAGGCCAGGUUCUUCAACUUCAUAUACAAUGACGAUAUGACCGCCGGCAAAGCUACUAAAGCUGCCAACAUACCUCGGUCUACUGCGUACCGAUGGUAUAAAGAUGACCAAGACAAAAUCAAUAGGAGAAGCGGUAAUGGCGAAGACACUCCUGGCUCAACUGAGACGAAGAAAGUUGGCCGAUCAAAGCUUCUCAACGAUGACCACAAUGCGCACUUAAAGAAAGAGUUUGUGGACAGCCCUUCUGCCACUAUAGAUCAGGCCAUGGAAAAUUUAAUUGGAGCUUUUCCUGGCUUAAAGAUCAGUAAGUCGUUGGUCCAUCAAUAUAUGGUCAAUGACUGUGCCUUGUCAUUCAAGAAGGCCCAUCUCCACUCAAAGCAAAGAAACUCCCCUGAAAGUAUCCAAAAUCGCUACGAAUGGGUUAAGAAAUGGGAGCAAACAGAUAUGGACUACAUGUCGAACUACGUCUUCCUUGAUGCAUCUGCUUUCCUUAUCAACCUGAAGCGAACAAUGGCUUGGUCUGAGAGGGGAACUCGUGCUGAGGUGGCUGUUCCUGUACUGAGGGCCAAAACCACAACUAUUCUCGGUGCAGUAAGCGUUUGGGGCAUUACCAAUGUUCAAGUAAGAAUACCAGGUGCCUCUGUAUUGUCAUUCUCUUCUCUCCUUUUGUUCCUGGCUUUCUGUUUCUGCUUGCUUCUUGAUUUCUAUUGUAUUUUUUCUUAG